AUGCAUUUUGGAGAACGAUUGAGUCCAUCAAAAAAGAUCGUGGCAACACAAAGUGCUUUUCAUGGGGCCACUAUAAACAAUUUAAACACAAAUCAAAUAUUUCAAAAUCAAACAUUUCAAGGUCCCACAGAGAAUGUUAUUACUAAUAAUAAAUCAGUAUGUGAAAUGAGGAAGCGUUCGAUUACACCUCCUAAUAUUCGCACUGAAGAGGAUAACCCUGUGGUAAAAAAGGAAAGUGAUGAUGGUAAUCCAUCAUUAACGAAAGAUGAAAAUGACAACGUCGACGAAGUUGACGACAAUGAUGAAUAUACUCCUGAUCCGGAUGAUGUUUUCAAUUCCUACUCGAAAAACUCGCAGAAUUGGAGUCUGCUUCCAGGAAAAACUGUUGAAGAUAUCUUCGCGACAAAUAUGUCUGAAUAUUCGGAAAGAUAUAACAAGAGAAAAAACUGA